GAAGGUGCUCUACGCAGCCCAACUUUUGUAGGCUAGGCUAGAGAGGCUAGGUAGUGCUCUGAUUGAAAACAACUGUGAAGCGCCACUUGAAAGAUCACUUGGGCAACUACAACUCAAAACUCUGUCAUGGGGCCACAUUGGACUGGUCUUCAGAGGCUCCCGCAAAUCUGAAACGAAAACGAAUGCUAUGAUUACGAUCUUUCGCCUGCUGUAUUCAGUAUUCUCACUGACAUAUCUUGAAAAAAAUGGCACUAGUAAAUUGAGUUCUUUAUUGCAGAAAAUUGAAUUUUGUUACUAUACAGUGUAGCAUAUCUCACGAUUCUCUACUUUCUGAUUUGUCUUCUAAACCUUCCUGUUGGCUGAAAAUUCUUGUUAAAAAGUCUUCCCUGCUGGCUGUUAAAAUAGAGCGGAGCCAGAAUGGGAUCAACACAGCCACUAAAACCGCCCGUGGAUCCGGAAUUGGACGUGAAAGUGAAAAAAGGGGUAGAGCGUAUCAGCGAAAACCUGCACAUCUCAGCGAACGAGCCGUCGCUGGCGCUGUACCGCCUACAAGAACAUGUGCGACGAGCAGCGCCCCCUACCGUCGCACGGCGCCACCACGUCACGCAGCUGCACUCGCAGCUACAGGGCACCUGCUAUGAUGUCGAGUAUGCGCUCAGUGCCGUGCAAGGCAUGCAAGAGGCCAAGCCCAUCCUGACGUCUAUGCAGGAGCUGCUCAAAGAAGCCGUCUUCCAUCGCCAGCUUCUAAAAUACGAGCAAAAAAGACGACGGAAACAAAGCCCGAGCAUGUACAAGAGGCUUUCUUCGCACCUUCCUUCCCUGGAGUUGCCUGACUUUCCUGACUUGCCUGACGCUUUACGGGAAACUGCAAACCGCGUCGAAACUGCCAUUCACAACGCUAGGUCUAACCAUGAAACUGCUUCUCGACACUCGCUGAACGCCGCUUCAAUUGCCGCUACCUCGGUCGUUAACAAACCUUCUAUUCCAUCCAAGCCGCCUGGACCUGCAAACGCAAAAAAUAGUGACAACUCGCGCGAUGGCGCUGCAUGCGCUCAAAAUAGUGACAAUUCACGCGAUGGCGCUGCAUGCUCCAAAAAUAGUGACGACAACUCACGCGAUGGCGCCGCAUGCUCCAAAAAUAGUGACGACAACUCACGUGAUGGCGCUGCAUGCUCCAAAAAUAGUGACGACAACUCACGCGAUGUCGCUGCAUGCUCCAAAAAUAGUGAUAACUCACGUGAUGGCGCUGCAUGCACCUGGACUCAACUGAAGAGCUCGGGGGUACAAGAUAUUGCAGAAAACGAUCACGAUCAGAUGAAGGAUAAGGUUGAUGUUGUCGUAUUGAGUUGUAAUGAAAAUAUUAAAGAUGAAACAUAUGAUCAAAGUACGCCUUGCCAUUCCUCCCGAAACAAGGCAAAGGAAGUUGAGGACUCGGUAGUAAAAGCUUCGCAGGUUACUGAAGUUAUUGAUCCCGACGACGAAUAUGAUUGUCUCAUGUAGGCUGUUACAUUCAAGCGAAUACAUUCAUUUCGCGAAUUUCCAGUAUUGGUCGUUCACUCAUCGCCAUAUUCACAUUAAUAACAAUAAUUAAGAGCUUGAAACCUGUCCAUCCAUAUCAUGUUAUUGAGACCUGCAUUUCAAUUUAUUAAUUUUAGACGGAAUAGGUCAAUUGACGAUUCUGUUUGAAAGAAAUUGUUUGAUUAGCUUUUUAAAUAAUGUACGUGUUUCGCUACCAUCCGUUAAAACCACGAAUGAAGAGUCGAACUGAACAUCCUUCACUUUCAUGUAAACUUUAGUUCUGUUCUCUGGUGGUUGAUUCUCCUAUCCUCCGUUUGGAAUUUUAUCGCUUCCUUUGUUCGGCAAAUUUUCCCAGCUACCUGCUCGUCCCUUCCUUCUUUCUCUACCAUCGUCUCCACGCCUUCUGUUUUGGUCUCGGUCUGUUCCUAAAUGCUAGCCCCAGUACCUUCAAUUAUUCGAUAUUCGUACAUGUACAUUCGCUCCUAUGCAUAACGCCUCAAAGCUUCUUACCUGAUGUAAAAUAUGCUUUGAAAAGUUAACAGACAAUACAGUUCUCAAAGAAACUUUGCCAUCGAUCACAUUAGCAUUGAAUUAACUUUAUACAGUAGUAUUUUCUUCCUCUAAAAUAAUUUUUUUAUAUGUACAUUGCAGGGCCUAUUAACUUACUAUUAAAUAUCACUACAGCUAUCUCCGUUUUUUGUUCAAUUUAAGCAUUUUCUAAGUUUCUUUGUCUUCAGUCGAAACAUGUAGUCAAAAAAGUUGACGACUAUUACAGGUUCACGAGUACGAAUACUUCCUAUCAUUUAGUCUCGAUCUUAGGUGUGAUAUUUCAAACUAGUCUCUGGUGUCUGUCACGAAAAAUACCACGUGUCGCACAAAAAUAAUAUUUCGACCACUUGUUAUCAUAAUCUGCGCACGUGUCGCACAAAAAUAAUAUUUCGACCACUUGUUAUCAUAAUCUGCGCCCAAUGGUCGUUUUCCCGCCUUCAUGAUACUGAGGUAGUAAAAAUCAUGAUUGUGUGUUGUACCAAAGCUCUUGUUCUAUGUGUCUAUAUACCAGCAGAUCGUUAUUCCCACGUAUGAUUAAAUGCUAUUAAUGAAUGUGAUUAAUUUGUGCUUCUAAUUUUUAAUAUAUUUUUUAUUUCACUUCACGUUUGUCAGUCAUUCUUUGUAAAUGUCCACGAUUAUGUAUGCAAUUAGUACAUUCUUGCUCGCAGGUUGUAUACGAUUAGUGUCAGAAGUAGAAAUUCGAACGCA